AUGUCUAGAUCCGGUGUUGCCGUCGCUGACGAAUCUUUAACUGCCUUCAAUGAUUUAAAAUUGGGGAAGAAAUUCAAAUUUGUUAUUUUCAAAUUAAACGAUUCUAAAACCGAAAUUGUUGUUGAAGAAACUUCAACUGAUAGUGAUUAUGAUACUUUCUUGAGUAAAUUACCAGAAGCUGACUGUAAAUACGCCAUUUACGAUUUUGAAUAUGAAAUUGGUAGUGGUGAAGGUAAAAGAUCAAGAAUUGUUUUCUACACCUGGUCUCCUGAUAAUGCUCCAGUUAGAUCUAAAAUGGUUUACGCUGCUUCUAAAGAUGCUUUAAGAAGAGCCCUUAACGGUGUUGCUGCUGACAUCCAAGGUACUGAUUUCUCGGAAGUUGCUUACGAUACCGUUUUAGAAAAAGUUUCCAGAGGUCCUGGUCUCCACUAG